GCGCGAGCGGCGGGGCCGCAGCGCAGCGCAGCGCAGGGACCCGGCGGCGGCCAUCCCCUCCGCGCCGCCGCCUGCGUCCCCUCCGGAAAGGGGCGCCGCCGGGCGUGAGCAGAGAGCCCGGCGGGUGCCCGCGGGGCAAGCAGCCCCGAGCCCGGCGCCCCCGCGGCCCCCAGGGAACAUGGGCGUGCUCAGGGCCGGGCUGUGCCCGGGCCUCACCCACGACACGGUCGGGCAACUGAGGAGCCGCGGGAUCAAGACAGUGGUGGACCUGGUUUCCGCAGACCUGGAGGACGUGGCCCAGAAAUGUGGCUUGUCUUACAAGGCCCUGGUCGCCCUGAGAAGGGUGCUGCUGGCCCAGUUCUCAGCCUUCCCCUGCAAUGGCGCUGAUCUCUACGAGGAACUAAAGACUUCCACUGCCAUCCUGUCCACUGGCAUCGGAAGCCUGGACAAACUGCUUGAUGCGGGUCUCUACACUGGAGAAGUGACUGAGAUUGUAGGAGGCCCAGGUAGCGGCAAAACCCAGGUAUGUCUUUGUGUGGCUGCAAAUGUGGCCUAUGGCCUACAGCAGAAUGUUGUGUACAUUGAUUCCAAUGGAGGACUGACAGCCUCCCGCAUCCUCCAGCUACUUCAGGCCAGAACUCCAGAUGAGGAGGAGCAGGCAGGAGCUCUCCAGAGGAUCCAGGUGGUGCGUGCGUUUGACAUCUUCCAGAUGUUGGACGUGCUACAGGACUUCCGGGGUGCCAUGUCCCAGCAGGUGAGCAGUGCCUCCGUGACGGUGAAGGUGGUGGUUGUGGACUCGGUCACUGCGGUGGUCUCCCCACUUCUGGGAGGUCAGCAGAGGGAAGGCUUGGCCUUGAUGAUGCAGCUGGCCCGAGAGCUGAAGACCCUGGCCCGGGACCUUGGCAUGGCGGUGGUGGUAACCAACCACAUGACCCGAGACAGAGACAGUGGAGAGCUGAGACCUGCCCUUGGACGCUCCUGGAGCUUUGUACCCAGCACCCGGAUUCUCCUGGACAUUGACGAAGGAGCAGGAGCAUCGGGCAGUCAGCGCAGGGCAUGUCUGACCAAAUCUCCCCGUCUGCCAACAGGUUUCCAGGAGAUGGUAGACCUUGGGACCUGGGCGCCUCCAGAGCAGAGCCCAGCAUCCCAGGGAGAUCAGAUAUGACUGUGCUGUUGAUUGGGAAGGGGGGGCAUCAAGCGCCCCACCUCUCUGCACACUAGCAGCUGCUGGUCACUGCCACCCGGUACUUGGGACUGCAGUAGAAGCUCUUGGGCGGGCAGAAGAGACAUCUCUGUUUCCUCAGCUUCUGUUUCUGUGGAAACAGAGCUACAGGCAAGAGAGGAUUUGGUGGUGGAAGGACCCAGAAACUCAUGCUGGUGCCAAGUUUUCUUCCUUGUUUCUAUCAUAUAUGUUUCCCUGCGAGCAGAGUUCACCCUGGCCUCCGGCCUCUCUGAAGAGGCCUGCUAGUGACCGGACAGAACCCUGUGUGUCACCAUCUUACCCACGCUCCAUCCUCACACAGUGACGGAGCCCGGAAGCCUCUGCUUCUCUCUCUCUUUUUUAUUUUGCCUCUGUUUUUCCAUCUGUAAGAUGGAGCUCCCUUUCCCCUAGCUUUGUCUUUGAGUUACUGGGUGGAAGCAACCUUGUAAAUGCAAAGCCCUUCUUUAUCCAUGUCAUGCUCUUAAAAAUACAAACGGGAAAUUCCUUGA